AUGCUGUGGAGAACCAUAACCACUCCGUUCUUCACCAUCAUUGCUCUCCAAGUUGCAGUAGGGCCUCAAUCAGCCGCUGCCGCUGAGGCCGAAAACCCUGUCCAAUAUUCGCUGCACGAGCAUCCAAUUACCUGUGAAGCGCCUCUUCUCCCUCAUAAUGCAGACCUCGAGAAGUUCGUCCCAGGAUUCUACGGCGUCUACCUUGUUCCUGGCCAUACCCUCCAGCAGCAUUUCGAGGCCGUCAAAACGGACCUGACUCCUCAUAUCUACAACGUCUUUGAUAGGCUUUAUCCGGAUCGCGUUGUCUACGGUUGCCAGAACGUGGAUGACGAGUUGUUAGCUGUGAUUCGGUCGGAUUCUGGUGUUGAAGCCGUGUGGCGCGACAGCAAGGUUGAAAUAGAGUAG